AUGCUUCCCUACAUCAACACCCCUUUUGAAUAUGCGGGAAAUGCCCUAGGUGCUUCCGUAGAUGAGCUCAAGCUUAUCUUCUCUUUCCUCCUCUCAUAUCCUCUCGCUGCUAUUUUGAAACGAAUCCCCGACAAUUUACCUUGGCGGAAGAAUGUGUUCAUAGUAGGAGUGUCACUAUUUUAUCUCAUCGGGCUCUUCGACCUUUGGGAUGGCCUACGGACGCUAAUAUGGGCAUCGGGGGUUACUUAUGGCAUAGCCAUGUUCGUGGAUUCUCCUUACAUGCCAUGGAUCGGAUUCGCCUACAACAUGGGUCACAUGUCCGUUAACCACAUCCAACGGAUGAUUGUGAAUGACCCUGGAGCUAUCGAUAUCACUGGUGCUCAGAUGGUUCUAAUCAUGAAGCUCACGGCGUUCUGCUGGAACGUGUAUGAUGGAAGACUUCCAGAUACUGAGCUCUCGGAUUUCCAGAAGGAGCAUGCCAUCAAAGAAAUUCCCAACCUGCUUGAUUAUGCCGGAUACGUCUUUUUCUUUCCUGGGUUAAUGGCUGGUCCAGCUUUCGACUUCUGUGACUAUCGUCAAUACAUCAGCACCACUAUGUUUCAGCUACCUCCUGGUGUCGAUCCUUCCAAGGGCCCUCCGACCCGCAAGAAGCGCAAGAUUCCUCGCAGCGGUACUCCAGCAGCUUGGAACUUUGGCUAUGGCAUCAUCUGGAUUCUCGCGUUUCUCAAGUUCUCCGCCUGGUAUAAUACCGAUGCCCUUCUUUCUGAUAGCUUUCUCAAGUACGGUAUCUUCCGUCGAAUUUGGAACCUUCACAUGCUGGGAUUGACUACGCGUAUGAAAUACUAUGGUGUCUGGUCGUUGACAGAAGGCGCAUGUAUUCUUUCCGGAAUUGGCUACAACGGAAUUGACCCCAAGACUGGACGCGCUUCGUGGCAUCGCUUGCAAAAUGUGCGUCCCUGGGAUAUCGAAACGGCGCAGAAUACCCGUGCCUACCUUGGAAACUGGAAUAUCAAUACGAACAACUGGCUCCGAAAUUACGUCUACUUGAGGGUCACACCGAAGGGCAAGAAGCCAGGCUUCCGAGCAACUUUAGCCACCUUCUUCACCAGCGCAUUUUGGCAUGGGUUUUAUCCAGGAUACUACAUGGCCUUCAUCCUCGCAUCUCUUCUACAAACGAUUGCCAAGAAUGGCCGUCGUCUCCUUCGCCCGUUCUUCCUUACCGCCGAUGGUGGCUCCGAAACCCCCAAGAAGCGCUAUUAUGACCUCGUCACGAUACUCGUCACCCAACUCGCCUUCUCCUUCACCGUCGCGCCCUUCGUCUUUCUCUCGUUCUCAAGCUCCAUCACCGUGUGGGCCCGUGUCUACUUUUACUGCCUCAUUGGCGUCGCUGCGUGCUUUGGUGCCCUCAAUUCUCCCAUCAAGCCACAGCUCCAAGCUCAGCUCAAGAAACGCAACAAGGGCAAGAUCGAGGAAGUCGUCAAGAUCGAGCAAGCAAAAGAGAGAAUCCAGCGUGCACCAACCCUUGGACUGCCAGAUGAUCCUGAAGCGGAAAUGGAUGAGAUCGUUGCGGAGGUGAGAAAAGAGAUCGAAGAGAGGCGAAAGAGGGGUGGCAGUGUUGGAAUGGAUAUCAGGAAGGCUGUUGAAGAGAAGUUGGCGGAGUUCAAGAAGAAGUAA